AUAAGAUGGCGUUGUUUUUUGCACGAGAAAAGUUAGUUCGAUAUCCACCGAUUGAAAUUAGAGUUUUUGUUUUGCGGGCCUGCCGAUUCAAUUCAGCUUAUAGGGAAAUUGCAGUUUGCCUAUGAAAAUAACACUGUAAAAUCUUGUUCCAGUGGUGUCGCCUGAAAACCUUUUUGAGAGUUGGAAAGGAACGAGCCAACAUGGCUGGUGGCAACGGGCCAUGCGUGAUCCAGGUCACAAAUAUAGCACCUCAAGCUACAAAAGAUCAGAUGCAGGCUUUAUUUGGCAAUAUCGGAAAAAUCGAAGAGAUCCGCCUCUACCCAACCGUGCGUGAUGUCUCAUGUCCUGUGCAGUCACGUAUUUGUUAUGUGAAAUAUUUUGAGAGUAGCUGUGUUGCCGUGGCUCAACAUUUGACAAACACCGUUUUCAUAGACCGUGCUUUAAUUGUUAUACCCGUUUUAGCAAUCCCGGAGGAGUAUAGGGCAUUGGAGAUGUCAAAAAAUGGUACUAUAGUCCCAGGUCUGCAAAAGCCUGACUCGAAACUACCGCCUGAAGUAGUGAAUCGUAUUGAGGGUCAGUCGCCACAGCAGGUUAUAAAAACAUACGACCCAAAACUGGUAGAAAAUAAUUUGCCAGAAUACCCUGCUCUGCCAUCAUUUUAUGAUUCCCGUAAAAUUGAAGAGAUUCGUCGGACUAUAUUGGUAUGCGAUGUUAAGAAUGAAUGGCGUUUGGACGACUUAAUGGACUUCUUCCAACGGGCUGGGGAGGUAAAAUAUGCUCGUUGGGCUGAAAAAGACAACAAGACCUACUGUAUGAUAGAAUUUUGCGAGCAGCCUAGCAUCAUAAACGCUUUAAAAAUGCACGGGCACGAGUUUAAGGGUGGGUACCUUAGUGUAUAUCAUUCGACAGAUGCUAUUAUAAAACCAGAAGCAAAAUCGAAUGAAGCCGCCCAAAAAGAAAUAGAAGAAGCUAUGACAAUCGUGAAGGAAGCGCAAAACAUGAUAUCUGCGGCAAUAGAUCCGGUUAUUGGAAUGUUGGCAAAAGAUAAAAGACGUAGGUCUCGGUCCCGUUCACGUUCUCGAGACCGUCGUACCAGCCGUUCUCGUUCCCAUCGUUCGCGAUCACGAAAACGAUCACGGUCCCGUACACGUAGGCGUUCUCGAAGCAAGUCCAAACGUCGAUCACGUUCACGUUCUAGACGAUCGCGUUCCCGUAAGAGAUCGCGCUCUCACAAGCGGUCCCGUUCUAGACGAAAAAGUCGAUCACGUUCUAGAUCUAAACGACGAUCAAGAUCCCGCGAUCGUCGUAGCAAACGGUCACGCUCUCGCCAUCGUCGCAGUUCUUCCCGCUCCAGACGAUCGCGAUCGCGCACAAAACGCUCACGUUCACGUGACCGUAAACGAUCACAUCGCACACGUGAAGAGAAACGAACAUCGCGAUCUUCCCGAUCUCACAGUAAACGUUGCUCCAUCUCUCCUUCGCCAGCUUCAGUUCGCUCUCGUUCCAGCCGCAGCAAAGACAUUGGCCCUCCUACCUCUAAAAUAUCCAACAAUAACUCCUCUAAACGUCGUUCCCGUACUCCAGCCGAUCGCAAAUUGAAAACCAUAGUCGAAGAUGAUGUUAAGAGCACAAGGUCAAGUGUAGAUUCUAAGAAUCGCAAAUCAGUUAGCGUAGAAAAAUCGGACAACAUGGACAUUUCUAAUUCGCCAUGAAACAAUAUUAAUUUCUACCAACAGACAUGCAUAUAUUAAUUAUUUUCAACAAGCAUUGACGAUUUCCACUUAUAUCUGUACGGUUGAAAAAUACUUUUACUUCUUGCAGCAUUUACAUUUACGUUUUAUCUUAAGUAAAGGUAAUACGUAUUAAGUAUAUUAAUAACAGCAGAACUAAAUAACAAAAAUUAUCGGCUGCUUUCAAUAAAGAUUGAAACUCACAAA